CACAGCGUAGGGGGCGUGACUUGGAAAAAAAUCCCAGUUCCUUCUCCCAUGGGCGGAGUCUAAAGUAAUGUGAGGGACGCGGUAGGCACUCAACUAUUGAACUUCCACGCUGAAAACAACCGGAUGAUGAAUAAAACAGUGUUUACAAAGUUUAAAAUGUGCUUGCACUGAAGAUUUGAAACUCGGUAUGGAUACAGUGCAUAUUUAAGUAACUACUGCAGUGGACCUCAGACAGAGUGCGACAGUAACACUCACUUCGAAUGUGGAUUAUUGUUCAGAGUAGCAGUAUCGCCUCGGAUUUAACUCGUGUGUUUACCUGUGCAGUUAUCUGCACUGGACACCAACUUCAGUCAUAUGUGCGCCGCUGUGAUGUGGAGAGGAUGGAAACAAAGACGAUCUCAGCCGCUCACAAUAUAAAAAACGGACAUUUAUAAUAGAAACGUUUUAUACAAUUGGACAAAAAAAAAACCCAGUUGAUGUUAAACGGGCUUUUCAUUUAGUAAGGAAUAAUGUGGAAUCCUUGCCCAUUUACACGCCACCCGGCUCUUCUAGUUUACAUAGUCUUGGAAAUAUUUAUUCACAGCGUCGGAGGUCUCAACGUUUGCAUGAGCGGCAGCGCCACAUCUUGUGAAGAAUGUCUCCUCAUUCACCCGAGCUGCGCCUGGUGCGCCCAAGAGGACUUUGGACAGGUUAGAACUCUCAACUCACGAUGUGACUUUAGCCAGAACUUACAGAAAAGAGGGUGCGAUGCACCUUUUAUAGAAAGUCCCAGGAGUGGCAGCUCUCUGUUGCGGAGCAAACCUCUGAGCUCCAAAGGUUCUGGAGUGACCCAGUAUGAUGUCAUCCAGAUAUACCCACAGAAGAUCUCUCUCAGCUUAAGGCCUGGUGACCAGACCUCUUUUGAGGUACAAGUGCGUCCUGUGGAAGACUACCCUGUUGAUUUGUACUACCUGAUGGACCUCUCGCUCUCCAUGAAGGAUGAUCUGGACACAAUCCGCAACCUGGGCACCAAACUGGCUGAGGAAAUGAGGAAGCUUACAAGUAACUUCCGCCUUGGCUUUGGCUCCUUUGUGGACAAGAACAUCUCACCCUUCUCCUACACAGCCCCCAAGUACCAGGACAACCCGUGCAAUGGAUAUAAGUUGUUCUCAAACUGUGUCCCUACGUUUGACUUCCGUCACCUCUUGUCUCUUACGGACAAGGUUGACCGUUUUAAUGAAGAAGUGCAGAAGCAGAUGGUGUCGCGGAACAGGGACGCACCAGAGGGGGGGUUUGAUGCCAUUCUGCAGGCUGCAGUUUGCAAGGAGAAGAUUGGCUGGAGGAAAGAGGCCUACCAUCUCUUGGUGUUUGCCACCGAUGACAUCCCUCACUUGGCUUUGGAUGGCAAGCUCGGUGGACUAGUGCAUCCUCACGAUGGACAGUGUCACCUGAACGACAAGAACGAGUAUAGUGCUGCAAACAAGAUGGACUACCCUUCACUCGCUUUACUUGGAGAGAAACUGGCUGAAAACAACAUUUUCCUCAUCUUUGCUGUGACCAAAAGACACUAUGUUCUGUACAAGAAUCUCACAGCAUUGAUCCCUGGGACUACAGUGGAAAUUUUGGACCAAGACUCCAAAAACAUUAUUCAGCUAAUUGUGAAUGCAUACAAUAACAUCAGGUCGAAAGUUGAGCUGAGCGUAUGGGACCAUCCUGAAGAUCUCAAUCUGGCCUUAACCGCCACCUGCCAAGAUGGCCAGCCCCUGACUGGUCUCCGCAAGUGUGCUGACCUCAAAAUUGGUGACACUGUCUCCUUCAACGUAACUGUAGACGCUCGAGGAUGUCCUCCGAAAGGCACCAGGAAGAGUUUCACCAUCAGGCCUGUUGGUUUUAAAGACCGUCUGGAGGUCUCUGUGGACUACCACUGUGAUUGUAGAUGCACAUAUUUCACCAAGACCAACAGCAGCCGCUGCAACUCUGCCGGCACUUACAGCUGUGGGAUGUGCCGCUGUGAGCCUGGACACCUGGGAGUCCGCUGCGAGUGCGAGGAGGGUGAGGUCGACCACCAGCAUCUCAGUGCCUGCCGUGAGGCUGAGGGCAAGCAGGUGUGCAGCGGCCGCGGAGAAUGCAGCUGUAACCAGUGUCUAUGCUACGAGUCAGAGUUCGGCAAAAUCUAUGGCACCUUCUGCGAGUGUGACGACUUCUCCUGUGCCCGACACAAGGGUAUACUGUGCUCAGGCCAUGGAGAAUGCCACUGCGGUGAGUGUAAAUGCCAUGCUGGUUAUAUUGGAGACAACUGUAAUUGUUCUACAGAGACGACUUCCUGUGUGUCGGACGACGGCAAGAUCUGUAGUGGGCGGGGCAGCUGUGUGUGUGGGCGGUGCCAGUGCACUGAGCCAGGGGCAUUUGGGGACACAUGCGAAGGGGACCAAACUGAUGAUUCCAACACUGUUCAAUGCGUGUAUAAGACCGAGAAUGACUGUGUGAUGAAGUUCACCUACUCUGAACAUGCCAACGGCCAGUCGAUCCUCACCGCACUUAAAGAGCCAGAAUGUGCUGUUGCCCCAAAUGCCAUGACGGUGCUCCUGGCAGUUGUUGGCAGCAUCUUGUUGAUGGGUAUCGUGCUGCUAGCCCUCUGGAAACUGGUCAUCACCAUCCACGACCACCGCGAGUUUGCACGCUUCCAGAGUGCACGUUCACGGGCGCGAUAUGAGAUGGCAUCUAAUCCUGUUUAUAAGCAGUCCAUCCCCUUUCACCCAAUGGAGACGGAUUUCCAUAUGCAUAGUAUCAAGUCAUGCAACGGAGGAGUCCACUGAUCGACCUGUAUUUGGACUGGGGGACAUGGCAGGACCUGUCCAGCGCACCUCGGCACUACAGUGGAGGACAGAGACAGAGCAAAUGCUGUGGUCUUUUGCAAUGUAAACUUUUUUUGAGGCGUGUGGUUCCUGAGGAUUGGAACUGAUCUUUAUGCGGUUUUGGUAAUGAAAGUUUAUUGAUGAGCAGCAGAUGGACGCAUGCCGAAUUUGAGAAGAGGAUUGGCUUGACUAGUUGGAGAGGCAGAGCUUACCGGCCUUUUCCAGAAACCUCCAUUGACCCGCUAUGGACUGCUUGCUUGAAUAUAAUUCCUAAUUUUUUCCAGUUCUAACCAUACCUCCUGCACAUUAUAAUUGAUUUGCUGUGCAUUGUUUUAUAGGCAAAAAUAGUAUGUAAUAGUAAAAAGUGUAUAUUAUGUAUAUUUUUAACAGUAUGCCUUUCCCAGCCAUUACACAUUUUACAUCAAUUUAUUUACUACAUGUAAGUGUGCAUAGAACACAAAAAAUGCAAAAUUCUACAACUCUUUAACGAAGAGAUGGGUACUAACCUAACCAGAGCAAUAAUUCCCUUAACUCUUGUUUUGCACAUUGUAUAUUAGGGUGAGGUUUAUAAAGUAAAGAAAUUUGGAAUGCCACUCUACAAUGCUAGUCUUUUGUGUAUUGCCACAUGUUGCACAUUUUCAUGAUGAUUUUUAACUGUACAAUGUGAUGCAAUAACACUGCCUGCUGAUAAUUCAA